AUGUCGUCCACGAUUUUACGUGCUGUAACGCACCGCUUGACAACAACUCCGGUUGACCAGCUGCCCUCUAUCACUGCAUUCCUCGCCGCUUCGUUGAGCGAUUGCUCUGAGCUUCUCUCGGCACCGCAGGCCCAGAAACCGGGCAAGGGGGACUCAGACCAUGCCGUCCAAAUCCACAAAUUGAAGACCCGCCUGGCGAGUCUGCUGCAAGACCGCACCGUUGAAGGACGCUGGACUGCCGUUGUUCUCGUGAAAGCUACCGUUGAAGCUGGUCAAUGGGAAAUCCUACGUGGGUAUGAACCCAUCGUCCGUGGGUUGGUUGGCAUCCUUGCGAAACCUGACCCGCUGUCUACACGGAAGAUGUGCAUCAUUACCUUGACUCGCAUUUUUCACCUCACAUACCAGUACCCGACACUUGUUCGCGAGAUCACGACCCCACACCUUCCCGGAUUUGUGACAGCGGUCCUAAACUUGGUCUCGACCCUUGUCAAGACAACAUCAGGGUCUGUUCGCAAGCCCAAGCCCAACAGCCCUUUCAUGGAACUUGCACUACAUGCCAUUCUCGAGCUGAUUCCCCGGCAUCCAACUAUUUUCCGUCCAUUUGGAACCCAACUGUCGUCUCUACUUGCGGAAAUUCUGAGCUCUUCCGCGCCGAACUUUUAUCCAGCCCCGGUUCAAGAAGUGGCGGUGCAGGUGUUCGCGUCCCUUUACCGAUGCGCGCCUAAGGACAAGUCGGGCGCGGAGUGGAUUGAAGCUUGCAAGGCCACCCUUUUAUCUGCUCAUAGAGCAACUGAUCAUGUCUUCCGAGCUGUUGCAGAGCAGUGGGAAUCGGUGGAUCCAACUGUGGUCCACACCAAGCAAAGUUAUAGCGAAGAAGCAGGAGACCCAAGCUCUGACGCCUUGGGAUUCCAGAGCUGGUCCGGCAUACAUUCUGGAACCGACAGGCUGAUUACCCUUCUUCGUAUUCUGUCUCAACUCAUUUCGAUGCCGUCGGCCGCGGCUGUCCCCAUUCCUCUCGGCUCUAUUCUGGAUCUGACGUCGAGACUGGCAUCUGUGACGGUUCCAUCGGGCUCUGAAGCUUCUCAGAGCAGUUCUCAAUUCAAUCCUCAGAUCAGCCGAGACGAAAGAGAAAUGCUGUGGGUUGAGCUACCCCGUAUCCACAUUGCCUGCAUGGAUCUCCUCGGGAACGUCGUCAGUCUGCUAGAGAGUAGCACAGCUUCCAUCUCCCAGAAUCUUGUGGAUCAAGUGUCCUGGAUUUUUAAGAGUGAGCAUUACUCCAGAGAUGUUCGCACCGCGUCAUACGAGUUGCUCUCGUCUGUGAUCCAAAUUCAUGGACCCGCAAUGACGAAGCAAACGGUCACUUCCCUUGCGACUGUACUUCGGGUGUGCUGCAAUGAUUUGCUUCCCCAGUUCGAAGAUGCAAGCGCAUCUGGGAAAUCACAAGGUGAAUCCAAGACAAAGAAUAAGGGUGGUACGGGAACAGCAAAUGCGGAUUCAUUCUUAGACCCAGAACUUCGAAAGAAGCAGCAAUUGAAAGCAGGCCCGCAAUUCCCUCGUCUUCGAGACGCUGCAUCCGCGCUUCUUCGUGAUGCCCUGGUAGGCAUUGCGCCGCAGCUACUCACCCCCUCUGUUCGCGCAGAGAUUGAUCGCACAAUUAUUCUGACCUCCAACAAAGAUGCCAUGUUGGCGAGUGUUCUGAAUCCCAUCCCCACGGCAAAGGGUCGGGGGGCCGGUUCCAGUCUGAUUCCAUUCUUGGUUCGAGGCUACCCGGAACAGAUGGAAGUUGAGGCUCUCGUUCGUCCCCGGAUGCCCGUUCUGAUGACUGCGCCAGAGCUUGAUGCAUUCGCCGAGAUGGAAGAGGAUGAGGAGGCCGAGGAGCUUUCGGACCGGCCGAUGGUCGCUCAUCCUCAGUCGACCAGUUUCAUGACUGACCCAGCCCAGUCGACUGUCCGGACGCCAUCGAUCGAAUCUUCCACGGCUCCAGUACACAAGCGCACAUACUUUGAGGAAACUACAUCUGGCUCGCAGUCUCUGUCUACUUCGGGUCAGAAGCCUACACAGAUCAAGAAGGCCCGUCUCGACGAAGACGAAACACCGGCCAGCGUCCCAGUCUUCCAGCCAUCGACGGUCGCAGCGACAAUGGUGCCGAAACAGGUUCCGGCUGUCUCCCGGCCGGCACCGCCUCAAGCAAACGCACAAGUUGCCGAGAGCGCACCGCUACCGGUCGACGACAGUGACGACGAGUUGCCUACACUGAACCUUGAUCCCGACACAGAUGAUGAUGACGGGGAUGAGGAUGAAGAUGUUGCGAUGGAGGGAUAA